AUGUCGAUCAAAAAAUUUUCAUUUUCCCCAACAGAGGACGAAAUUUUGAUUUCACUAGUGGAAAAUAAUAAAGUUAUUUUCGAUAGUGCCCAUAAAAAGCACAAAGAUAAUUUUUUUAAAGAUAAUAUUUGGAAAAAUAUAUCUGAAGAAGUAGGAAGAUCAUGCGUUGACUGUAAAAAACGCUGGAAAAAUAUUCGAGACACGUAUAUGAAGCAAAAGAAAAAACUUCCGACAGGAUCAGCAGCUCCAUAUAAAAAAAACAGAAGUACAAUGAAUUUAUCAUUUUUGGACACCGUCGAGUACGAAAGAAGUACUAUAACAAAUAUGGACAUAACUGAUACCGAUAUUUCAAAUGUAUCUACUACUGACGAUAUUAGACCUGAAGACGUCGAAGAAAAUUUACAAGACAACGAAGAACAAGAACAAACAGAGAAUACCAUGUCCGAUUUGCCAUCAACUUCAUAUGCAGGAAAAUGUAUUCGGUCAAAAGAAGAAAAGAUUUCUGUUAUUUUGGCCAAACGUUCAAAGGAUACGAAGGAUACAAUAUUAAGUAUCCAAGAACAAAAUAAAUUAUUGGCGACAAGUAUGAAAACACUAUGUGAAGAGGAUGAUGUUGAUAUGUUUUUCAAAAGUAUUGCUAUGACGGUUAAGAAAAUGUCACCGCAAGCGAUCAAAGAAGCUAAACUUAGGACACUAACUUUAAUCUCUGAGAUAGAUGACAAAUAUUCAACUCCUCAAACGGCUCAAACACUACCUUAUCAAGUACCAUCAAAUUAG